UUAUCAUUUUCUACUAUUAGAACAAAGAUACCAAUACGGGAUCCAAUAAUUAACCUUAAGUAUUUUCACUAAAUAGACAAAUGUGUUCUUGUUUGGUCUUGGUAUAUAACGUAAACUUAAAGAUCACAUUAACAAUAUGUUUCAUCACUAAUAAGUGGUCAGUGUCAGUUUAUAGUGACGGGAUUAUUUAAAUAUAUAAUCCUAUUUUUAAUAAAGUACUAACUUCCUAAAUUAAUAAAAAAAUUUAUAGUUUUAACAUUAAUUAAUUUAUAGUGUUUUUAGUAUAUCUUGAUAAGCUUAGUAGAUAAACCCAAGAUCGAAAAUGCUGUUGCGAUAUCUCAACAAAAUAAAAUUGAGAUGAUCUUCUCGUGAAAGAAUCUAAUAACAAUGUGCGAGAGUUUUUCUUUUAAAUUCAUUUUCACUUGAAUAGUUUGAUAAGGCGAGGAGAUUAUGGCGGCGGCAGGAAAACCAGAAUUCGAGGUUGCAACAGGCGACCAGAAGGAUAACAGUGCGUUGCUCAAAAAACAACACAAUCUUCGGUUUCUUCCUCGCCAAGGCAAACCAGACAAGAAGACAGAGCACUGCAUAAUCUGUCUGGACGACGUUGAUUCCGACCUAAUGUUCUACGUCGAAAGAUGCGGUCAUCGGUUUUGCAUCAACUGUGUGAAACUACACAUUAACGUGAAGCUGGUCGAUGGCAAGAUACCUAACUGUCCUCAUCACGGAUGCGUCUUCCAUCUCUCUAUCGACAGGUGCGGCGAUGUUUUGACGUUCAGGGAAAGAUUGGUGUGGAUGCAGAGGAUUAAAGAGAACUCGCUUCCUUUGGCGGAGAGAGUUUAUUGUCCUUAUGAGAGUUGCUCUCACCUGAUGUCCAAGACCGAGCUUUCUCGUAGCGGAUCGUAUUCUGGAUUCAGGAGAUGCUUUAAAUGCCGUGGGGGGUUUUGUGUCCAUUGCCGAGUGCCGUGGCAUGGUAAGUUAUCGUGCAACGACUACAGGAGGUUGUAUCCUAAUAAGUUUAGAGAAGAUGGUGUUGAUGCAAAGCUGAAAUCUUUGGCGAGUCUUUGUGGGUGGCGUCAGUGUCCUAAGUGCUAUCACAUGGUUGGACGGUCUUACGGAUGCAACCGCAUAACUUGCAGGUGUGGGAAUGCAUUUUGCUACAAGUGCGGUUACUUAUGGAACAGAGGGAUUCAUGGAGACUGCAACCAAGACGAGGUCAUCUCGGAUUUUAUUUUUUUGUCAGUUUUUGUUUCUCUUGUAAUACUUUUCGUCGUUUUAUUCCACCUCCUUCAAUAAGAGUCUUAUAGAGAUUUGGAUCGUGUAAUGGAGAUUAAUCUGGGUCUUAAUUUUUAAACAUAUCCGUCUCUCCAUUGAAUAUUAUCCUUUGAAUUGUGUAUGAACUUAAACGCGAAUUUGCUCAAGGGAGGCGCUAGUUUGUGACUGAUAAAGUAAACAAGUUGAAACUAUCCCUAUGCUCUCAAAUGUUUCGUCUUUCAGACAUAGUAGACUAGA